CUGAGUCGGAACUGUACCCCGCCGCCUGUGUGCCCGGGGAAGGCAUUCUCUGAUACACCUGUCUGCAAACAGAGGGGCAAUAACAUGGCGAGGGCAGCUAAGAGCGCCGUCGUUCUCUGCAUGGAUGUGGGAUUUGCGAUGAGCCAUUCCAAUCGGGGAGAGGAGUCUCCUUUCGAACAAGCGAAGAAGGUUAUGACGCUCUUCCUGCAGAGACAGGUGUUUGCGGAGAGCAAAGAUGAGACGGCGGUGGUCCUGUUUGGCACGGACGGCACCGAUAACGCUCUGGCUGCCCGGGAUCAGUACCAGAACAUCAGCGUUUUGCGGCACUUGUACGUUCCAGACUUCGAACUCCUUGAAAAAAUCCAAAACGAAGUUGAGCCCGGCUCCCGGCAAGCCGACUUCUUGGACGCUCUGGUCGUGUGCAUGGACAUCCUUCAGAGAGAGACUCUAGGCAAGAAGUUUGAAAAGCUUCACAUCGCCGUUUUCACUGACCUCAGCAGUCCCUUCGUUGCAGACCAGGUGGAGGUCAUCGUGGCUAACCUCAAGCAAGCUGGGAUCACCCUUCAGUUCUUCCUGCCCUUUCCGGUGGACGAGGAAGAUGAAGGUCUGGGUGAAGGGCCGAGCGGCAGAGGGGAUGCAGGCAACGCCGAGACGCGCCGGGGACCCGGCAAAGGGUUAUCCGAUGAUCAGCGGGCUGGCGUCCAGAUGGUUCGGAAGAUCAUGUUUUCCUUGGACGGUGAAGACGGACUGGAUGAGGUUUACACAUUCAGGGAGAGCUUGGAACAAUUAUCUAUAUUCAAGAAGAUAGAAAGGCGACCGAUGGCGUGGCCCUGCCAGCUUACCGUAGGAUCCCAUCUUUCGAUCCGCAUCGUGGGGUAUAAAUGCGUCACGGAGGAGAAAGUGAAGAAAUCCUGGGCGGUUGUAGACGCCAAAACGCUGAAAAAAGAAGACGUCCAAAAGGAAACGGUUUAUUGUCUGGAUAACGACGAGGAAACGGAAAUCGAGAAAGACGAUACGAUUCAAGGCUUCCGUUACGGGAGCGACAUCGUCCCGUUUGCAAAGGUGGAUCAGGAACAGAUGAAAUAUAAGACUGAAGGAAAAUGCUUUGCAGUUCUGGGCUUCACGAAAUCAUCGCUGAUUGAUAGAAAUCAUUAUAUGGGAAACCAGGUUGUAAAGAUAUUUGCUCCAAAGGACGAUGAGGCCGCCAACGUGGCGCUCUCGGCGCUGAUUAACGCGCUGCAUGAAAUGGAAAUGGUGGCCAUAGUGCGCUACGCGUACGACAGACGAUCCAACCCCCAGGUCGGGGCGGCCUUCCCGCUUAUCAAGGAGAAAUACGAGUGCUUGGUUUACGUGCAGCUGCCGUUCAUGGAGGAUUUGAGACAAUUUCUGUUUUCAUCCCUCGAGAACAACAAGAAGUUCACGCCAACAGACGCGCAGCUGUCUGCUGUGGAUUCCCUGAUUGACAGCAUGAGUUUGGUGCGAAACGAUGGCGAGAGCGUCGAGGAUUUAUUUAAACCCAGCAAAAUCCCCAACCCGCAGUUCCAGAGGCUGUUCCAGUGUCUUCAGCAUAAAGCCCUGAACCCCGACGACCCGCUGCCGCCCGUCGAGCAGCAUCUCCUGAACAUGCUGGAGCCGCCGGCGGAAGUUAAAGCCGCAUGCCGGGCGUCCUUGGAGAAGAUGAAGCUCAGCUUCCCGCUGCAAGAAGCCGUCAAGAAGAAGGAGCAGAGGACGGCGCAGGACGUCUUCGAGGACAAAAAUGAAGAACCCGACAGUAAGAAGCUGAAGGUUGAAGAUGAUGAUUUCAGUGUCAUGCGGCUGGCCGACGGCAACGUCACCUCUGUGGGCAGCGUUACUCCGGCAGAGGAUUUCCGUGUUUUGGUCAAACAGAAGAACACAAACUUCAAGGAAGCGAGCGAUCAGCUGGUUAAUCGCGUCUACGAGUUCCUGCAGACCAAGCAGACGCAGUACUACGCCAAGAGCAUCGGCUGUAUCACGGCUUUGAGGGCCGAGGCCGUCCGGUUGUCGCAGGUUCGGAUUUUUAAUGAUUUCCUCCAAGUCCUUAAAGAAAAGGUGGAAGGCGGCGCUCUCAAGGAAUUCUGGGAGAUAAUAGUUCAGGACGGCGUCUCUCUGAUCACUCGAGAAGAAUCGGAAGGCAGCUCGGUGACUCCCGCGGAAGCCAAGAUGUUUCUGGCAGAAACAGAGAAGAAACCCGAAGACACGUCCAUGGUGGAUGAAGACGGAGAUGUCGAUGAUCUGCUCGACAUGAUUUAACCUGCAAACAGAAGCAGAGGCGGCCGCAAAAAAGCAAGCGCUUGGAGAUUCGGGCCGACGAAUCCGACACAAAGUAACGUUAAACGGCAACAGUUUACAUAUUAACCCACCGAGUCCCAGAGUGACGUGGAGCGUAACCUGCCACGCCUGGGGCUGAAAGGGGUUAACGCUCGGACCGGCGGAUCGCGUCUCACGGCCGUGAAGUUUAUGUAGAUUCCUUAAACUGCGUCCCUUAUGGGUGACCUGGGGAGCCCAUCCAGAACGGAGGUGGGGGGAGGGGCACACAGAUUGAUUUACGUUAUAAUCCCCCCUUUAUUAUCGGUC